AGACAAUACAGUAUUCACUGGAGAGAGAGUGAGACUGAUGUGUGUGAUUGAGUCUGAUCACAGAGACUGGAGAUAUGAGUGGAAUAAAGACAGUGUAAAGUUACAGUCGUCUCAGCGUUACACUGUAGACAGAAACACUCUCACUAUUGAAGGAUCUGAAUCAUCUGAUGAGGGUCAGUACACGUGUAGAGGACACAUAGAAGGAAGAUCAGUCUCAUCACAAUCAAGCUCUGUUUCUCUCUCAGUGAAGGUCUUACCCAAAACUGAACUGACUGUAGAUCCAAAGAGUCGUGUCUUCACUGGAGAGACGGUCAAUCUGACGUGUGUGAUUGAGUCUAAUCAUACUGACUGGAGAUAUGAGUGGAAUAAAGACAGUGUAAAGUUACAGUCGUCUGAUCGUUACACUGUAAACACAGACACUCUCACUAUCAGAGCAGUAACUACAUCUGAUGAGGGUCAGUACACGUGUAGAGGACAGAGAGAUAAAAGACCAAACUCAUCACAGGAGAGUGAACCAAUAAAUCUGUCUGUUAAUGUCUCAGCAGCUUCAUCUUCUCGUCUGGUCACUGGUGUGGUUGUGGGAUCGAGUGUUUGUCUGUUGUUCUUCCUCUCACUGCUGCUGAUGUGGAGAUACAAGAAGAACAAAGAUCAGCAGCGUAACAUUAAUCAGACAUCAGUCCCAAAUCAAUCUGCACAACCUCAACUGGAGAACUUUCCUCUACAGUCUGAUUCUGAUCACAUUUAUAACGACGGAACUGAAGUGAAUAAGAGAGACAAAGAUGAUUCAGAUCCCUUGACAGAUGUCACAUAUUCAGAGGUCACUGUUAAGAAAAAGAUGGACAAAGCUAAAGCAGAGUCUAAUAAUGUGACGUACUCAGAAGUCGGAAAAAGAGGAAAGAAAUGCAAAAGUAAAGAUAUUAAUCCUGCAGGACCCAGUGAUUUGACUUACGCACAGAUCAAUAUACAGGACAAGAAGAAAACCAAAGACAAAGGUCCCUGAGUUCAGAGAAGACACCAGACGACUAAAAGAGAUUCACAGCCGCAGACACAGUAACGCUUGCAUUGCUUCAGAAAUGAUAAUGAGUGAACUGAUUAUGAACAUGCUUGACUGAAAUACUUUACAGAUAUUAUCAUAUUGUCUGUACACAGAUCUAUCUGUAAUAUAUAUUCAAUCAUUUUCCAUUUGAGCUCUUUUGUUUAACAGCUUUAAGUGAAACUGCUCUUCAAGUUAUUACAUUAUUAGAUGAUUCGUCUGAUGCUGUACAGUAAUUAAACAGUAAUCGUGCACUUGUCUGAUAGUUAAAUAUAACAUGUUCUGUCUUAUUAAAUAAUGUCUGGGUUUUUACCAAGACUGUGUGGC